UUGAUUACUCCAGUCAACGUCUGAUGAGUGACGUUUCCCUCCGCUGUGUGUAUCUCACAAAGGGAGAUCAAUGGAUAUGUUACCUUUACUUUGUGCAGUCGCUGUGGCUUUCACAGGUUUGGCCAGAGGAGCUGGUGUGUUGCCAGACGCUCAUCUGAAUGCAGCUGUGGGAGAGACAGUGAUGUUCACCACAACAGUGACUCUACCAGAAACACAAGUUGCAAUAAUCCGAUGGAAAUUUGGGGAUAAGGAUAUCACAUUUUUUAACUUGAAUAACUUCACUACACCAGAGUAUGUAAGCAGGAUCACUCUGUUCAUGUCUACUGGAUCUCUGGAGCUCAGGAGUCUGACUCUUAAUGACAGUGGAGAAUACAGCAUUUCCAUUUUACCACCUGGAGAAAAACCGAUGGACGGGACAACCACACUGAGUGUAUAUGAGCGAGUUUCCAACGUCAUGGUAAAUGCCAACAGCACAGACUUGAAUCAGGACUUCUCUGUCCGUCUGUCCUGCUCCUCCUCUGGAGCCUCUCUCUCUUUCUUCUGGCUCAACGGCAGCUCUCAGGUUACAGCCAGUGACAGAGUUCAGCUCACUGACGGAGGCUCCACUCUCACUAUGAAUGUGACUCGUUACGACCAGGGACCCUUCAGUUGUCGUGUGUCCAACCCCAUCAGCAACGCCACCAGUAGUCAAAUACACCUCUCCAUCAGCUACGGACCAGAAAAUAUAAAUCUGGAAAUAAAUCCGCCACUAGGAAACUAUGAGGUAGGGUCAGACAUCAGCCUGUCCUGCUUAGCUGACUCCAGACCUGAUCCCGAUAUCACAUGGUUUCUGAAUGGAGACCUGCAGACUGAUACUGGACCUCACCUCAUACUGAUGAACAUUCAGGAGAGUCAGAGUGGAAACUACAGCUGUCGGGCCUUCAACAGCAAAACUAUGACAGAAGUAACGUCUUCACCCUCAGCUGUCUCUGUCAUGAAGAAAAUAUCAGGUGCUUCUAUCACAACGGAAACAAACCUGUCGAUAGAAGGGAAAUCGUUCAACUUAUCCUGUGAUGCUGCAGGCUCUGUGUUUCACAGAGAGUGGAGGAAGGGUGACGUAGAACUGACUCCAGAAGACAACAUGCAACUUUACGACAAGAACAGAGUGUUGUCCUUUAAGAGUCUGAGUAAAGAAGAAACUGGAGAUUAUUUCUGUAAAGUCAGCAAUCCCAUCAGCCAGGAAGAAGCUAAAUACACAUUGGUUGUUUUCUAUGGACCAGAAAACGUCAAAAUCGACGGUCCAAAUGAGAUACCAUGUGAAGACACCUUAACAUUAAUCUGCUCUGCUGACUCUGUACCUGCUGCUGCUUUCACCUGGAAGCUGAACGGGACAAAGAUACACAAUUCUCCUGUUUUAAAAAAACCCAACAUUAACUCUUCGCUGAGUGGAAACUACACCUGUGAAGUGUUUAAUCAUAUAACGGGGACAACACUCUCAGCGGACCAUCAACUGUCUGUAACAGAGAGACCAAACCAAUCAACAUGUUCGGAUGGUUGCAUCGCUGGAAUAGUAAUCGCAGUUUUAGCCGUCUGUGGAGGACUGUGUGGAGGAUACUACAUGUAUCAUACAAGAAAAAAGAGAACUACACUCUCUGUUAGAAACCAUCCCAGCAGAACAGGAGCUGAAGGCCAAGACAACAAAGCAUAUGCAGGAACUCAGGAGUUGAACUACGCAGAUAUCAGUUUUUCCCAGAAUAAAGACGGUGGAACAGUGCAGCUGGCGUCGCAGAGUAACUCAGAAUACGCCCAGAUCGGAGUGAACAACAAUCCCCCUGCAGCUUCUUCCUCUCCUACCCAUGAUGCCCAACAGCAGCAAAUUAAGAAGCCAGCUCCUCAGCCUCCUUCUGAUGUCGCACAACUUUACGCUCAAGUUCGCAAGAAGUGACAGCACUGGAUGUGAUGGAUUCUCUGGUGAGGUCAGACUGGAGGCCAGAAGCAGCUGAGAUGGGGUCAGAGAAAUCUGCUUUUCCCUCGCAGUUCCUUUUUUAUAGCGGACUAAUUUUAACCUGUGUUUAUUAUGUCAACGCACUUUAGCAGUGGUUAAUAAUCCACCAGGUUCGAACAGUUGUUGCCAUGGCUGAGGUCAGGCGGCACAAUACUCGACGACCCGCUGGCCUUUCCCACAGAAGAGCUUCCUGUUGAAUGUGUACAGUCAAUGCAAAGUGAAGUGCACACAUCUGAGCUUGAGCAUAAUGUUCGACAAUGGUGUGAGAUUCAAAUUUAAAUUCAAUUUUAAUUACAGAUUAUGAGUUUCUGUAUUUGUUUUCGUGUUUCACAUCUUACAAAAACAAAACAUAAUGGUUAUUUAACAAUAUAUAAUUUACCUUUCAGUGGUAUCUGUCACACCCCAAGCGUGUUAAUUUAUCGAUAACUAGUUAACUAUAAUUACCUUGACAUGGUGGAAAGAUUCAAAGGUUCAGUUGAAAGAUCAAUAGAGAAAUAAAUUGUUGUAAUUUAAUUCCUCUAGUUUAACUUUGUUCCCCACCAACGGGGAGGUAUGCUGCCACAGUAAUAACAAAUGCUAACAGGCAAAAAGUAUGCAAUACGUUUCUCUCCAGAAGAAACAAUAGUUGAUCAAAGUUCCAGGCAUACACAUGAGGUUAUUUGUUUGAUAUCUACAGCUACAAUAAUGACCGUGAGUCUUGAAGUUGCUAGAAAAAGCAAAUGGAAACUGUUUCUUUGAAGAUACUGUAUAUCUCAGUCAUUUCCCACAAAUGAUCAACAGAAUUAUGUUUGUAUUGAGAUGGUGACGAGAUGGUAGCAUCAUCAGCAAGAACUAAGUCACGAGUGCCACCUCAGAUUUUAGUUAUUGAACAGACUAAAAUAAGUAAAUCCAAAACUGUUGACCACGCUAGACUACGAGAGCAGUGAGAGUCGGUCGGACGGCUAAACAAUGAGCUGGAACUCUCUAAAGGCUCCGUAAAGCCGAUUGGAGCUGCAUAUUCAGGUGAUGGUUCUCUGUAGUUUCUUCACCAGCAACAUUGUUUUCACAUUGUUAUUUAAUAGAUGUAGAACAUAAAUAGUCAUUAUAGAUGCAUAGUAGGAUACAUUCUGUCUGUUAUCACAAGAAAUGCAUGAAAUUACGGGUAUUACAAGAGUCUUGUGUCUUUUUCAGCUGUGUAUUUGAAGAGUGAGGCUUCACAUGAAGGCAGAAAGUCAUUUGUCUUCAGCCCGGCUCCGCAUUAACCGCCAUAAGACAUUAAUGUCCCUAACCCAUUAUUUACACAGGCUCUGUUUUAGUUGCACUCUUGAAGAGAAUGAAGUCUCCCAAACUGAGCAAUUGGCAGAUUCCCCAAACCCCCCAUUAGUGACUCAUUAGUAAAGCUCAAACAUGUGAGUUACAUGCAUGGUUGAUUUCUCCUGCAUGGUAAAGCAUCAGUUUUUAAAACUAAAGGUUCCUAGACUUUGAACAUUGUCAAAAGGAGAUACUUAAUGGAAAAAAUAAUGGGUUGUAAUAUGUAAUGGUAUUUUUAUUGGAUGAUAUGCGCUGUUCAAUUGAUAAAAACAAUCUUGAAGCUUAACAAAGGUAAUUAUAAAUCACCUAAUCACUAAUUUACAAUUUAAAGGCUGUUGUUUUAUUAUUUAUUGUUUUCUCUCAGUUAACUGUGCAAUCAAUUUUAGAAUCCAAUACAAAUGGUGUGGCCUUAAAGUGCUUUUUGAAUCCAGGUGUUUUCUCAGGCUGCUAAUGACUCUCUCUGGCUACCAUACUAAGCAUGUUUACCUAAUUUUAAAUCUUGUACGUAUUCAGGGGUGAAUUAAGGAGUAAUUACAAUUCUUGUUUCAUCAUGAUUUGUCUAGCAGUGUCCAAUCUUUUAUUAUUACUUUUUUGUUCAAUCUAACUGUAACUUUGACUGUAAUUUAGUGCCUCACCAAACUGAACAUGUGAUUAACGUUUGACCAAAGAUAGAAGGUUGUAUUUGUAGUAAUUUGAUUUCUCAUUUACAUGAUUAAACUAUUUACAUUUU